CUGCCUGCUGAGGCGGAUGGCCUUGCCUGGCCUCAGGAAGGAGAUGCUGACAGAAGAACAUCUGGCCACCAUGGACCAGUUCCUUAAGGAUGUCACCAAGCCAAUGCUUGUAUUUUACAUUGAUGACUUUGCUGGACUGAAAGUGGAGCCUCUCAUGCCCCAUCAGGAGCAGAAACAGCUCACCUACUUCAUCCGCCUCGACAAUGCAGACAUUACGGAGGAGAAUUUCCACGAAGUGGUGCAGUUCGGGACCGUUCGGAAGCCCUACAUAGAUUCGUUGAUGCGCAUGCUCAACGCCAUCUAUCUGCCCCGGCUGUUUCGCAAAGCGUCCUGGCCGGAAAGCAUAAAGAACGAAUUUUUCUCAGAAAUUUAUCACUUCAUGACCUCUCUCACAGACACACGCUCCAAAAUGAAGGGUCGCACCGUCCUUUACAUCCCGAUAGAGUCCCUCGACGUCAGCCCGGAGAUGGCCGUAAAGGACAAAGCCCUCGUUCAGCGUCUGGAGACUUCCAUGAUUCACUGGACCCGGCAAAUCAAGGACGUGCUGAGGGCCCAGGAGGCGGUCGAGAGCCGGGAGAGCUCGGGCCCCCUGGAGGAGAUCGAGUUCUGGCGGAACCGCUGCACGGACCUCUCGGAGAUCAGCAAGCAGCUGUGCCAGAAGGGGGUGAAGCACAUCGAAAGCAUCCUGGCGCUCUCCAAGUCCUCCUACGUGGCCCCCUUCCAGCGGCUCGCCAAACAGAUCCAGGACGGGUCCAAGGAGGCCCAGUCCAACCUCCGGUUCCUCUCCAUCCUGAAAGAGCCGUUCCAGGAGCUGGCCACCUUGCAGCCCAAGGACAUCCCCGAGAAGCUGCCGCACCUCAUCAGCCUGGUCCGCAUCGUGUGGGUCAACUCCCCGUACUACAACAGCCGGGAGAGGAUCACGGCCCUUUUCCGGAAGGUCUGCGACAGCCAGCAGCACUUUGCACGCUGGGAAGAUGGCAAGCAGACCCCGCUGCCCUGCUUCUUUGGCCACCAGGGCCCCCAGAUGGCCCGGAGCUUGCUGGAGAUAGAGGAGACAUUCAACAAGUAUCUCAACAACCUCCGAAACGUGAAAGGGGGGAUCCUGGACGUGAAGAACACCACCUGGCAUGAAGACUUCAGCCACUUCCGUGCAGGAACCAAGGACCUGGAGGUCAUGACCCAGAACUUGAUCACUUCGGCCUUUGAGACAGUGAGGGGCGUGGAACAGGGGGUGGAGAUCCAGGACAUCUUCCAUCACUUGUCGUCCCGAGAGGCCAUCAAGCGCACCUUUGACAAGAAAACGGUCGACAUUUACAUGCUCUUCAACAGGGAGCUUUCCCUAGUCAACAAGGAACUGAGCAAAAAGGUUCCUUUCCUGCCACCGUACAUGUGCCAUUACUCAGGCAUGGCCCACUGGAUGCGCGCUCUGAGGCGGCGUGUUGACAGACCCAUGGAGUGCCUCAGCAAGGCCCACUUCAUCCCUCACAUCGGGACCGGGGAAGAGAGCUUCCAGACCUAUCAGCUGCUGGUGCAGGCCGUGGAUGAGAUCGAGAGAAGGACCUUCCAGGAGUGGACCCAGGGCCUGGGCAAGGACAGCUUAAAGCGCCUGGACACCCCGCUGCUCGUCGUGAGUGCUGAGAAGCCAGGAAUGCUGGACAUCAAUUUUGACAAGCACUUGCUGAAAUUGUUUGUGGAAAUCCACUACUGGGAGAGGGUGCUCUUUGAGAUCCCCCACUACGUGGUGGAGGUGUACGAGCGGAAAGAGGACUUGAGGAACCUUCGGGAGAACUUGCUGCUGGUGGCCCGAGACUACAACAGGAUCCUCAGCAUGCUGACCGCAGAGGAGAGGGGCCUCUUCCGGGAGCGCAUCCGCUACCUCGACCGGAAGAUCCAGCCCGGCUUGAAGAAGCUGCUCUGGUCCCUCAAAGGGGCCAGCACCAUCUUCAUCUCCGAGUGUCGCCUCCACGCCAGCAAGGUGCAGAACAUCGUGAACGAGUACAAAGCUGCCACGUUGGCCAUCGCUUGCCGGGCCCAGCAGAUGAGCGAAGUUCUGCUGGUACGGAUCACUGGCAAGCGGAUCUACAAUGACCUGGAGUUUGAGGAGGACCAGAAAGACCACCGGGACCUGGUGCAGAAGAAGCUGGUCACCUUCCACGAGGACAGCCUCGCCAUCAUGCGGCAGACGUACGAAGUCUUCAAGAACGACGGGGCAGAGGUCCAGCAGCACUGGUUCAACUACACCAUCCGGAUGGACAGGAUGAUGGAGGACGCCCUGCGGCUGAACGUCAAGUGGUCCCUGAUGGAGCUCUCCCGGGCCAUCAACGGAGAUGGCAAGACCAGCCCCAACCCGCUCUUCAGGGUGAAGGUCAUUCUGCAGGACAACUUCCCCGGGCAGACCCCCCAGGUGGAGUUCUCCCCCUCGCUCCUACAGCUGGCAAACAUGGUCAAUGACAUCAGCACCCACUUGAUCUUCAGCAUCUCUGUCUUCCGCCACCUUCCAGAGAUCCUCGUCCGGCGCAAGUUCCCCCGCGACCCCAUUUCUGCCCUUGUGGAGCGGGAUGAAGACAUCAAGAAAAUCCAGACCCAGGUCAGCAGCGGCAUGCAGAGCAACGCCACCCACCUCCAGGCCUACCUGAAGACCUGGGAUGUGUACCGAGAGAUCUGGGAGGUCAACAAAGAUGCCUUCAUCAACCGCUACAGGCAUCUCAACCCACUGGUCUCAUCCUUUGAUGCUGACACGGCUCGAUACAUGGAGGUAGCCAACAACGUCCAGAAGGAGGAGACGGUGCUGAGCAUCCAGUUUGUGCUCCUGGACUGCUCCCACCUGAAAGCAGCCGUGGUCCAGCACUGCAACGAGUGGCAGAACAAGCUCACCAACCUGCUGAACGAGAUGGCCAGCAGCCGCCUGAGGGAGCUGCACGCCUACCUGCAGGACAACGCGGCCGCCAUCAGCUGCCCUCCGCAGACCCUGGAGGAGCUCAGCCGCAGCCUGCAGCUCCACGAGAGGCUGCAGAACGACCUGCCCAAGAUCGAGGGGCAGAUCCCCCCCAUCCACGAGCAGUUUGCCAUCCUUGAGAAGUACGAGGUGGCGGUGGAGGAAGAGGUGCUGCAGCUGCUGGGAGAGCUCAAUUCGGAGUGGCUGGCCUUCCAGCAGUGCAUCCUGGACAGCGAAACCAUGCUGAGGAAGCACAAGGAGAAGUUCAAGACGGGCCUGAUCCACUGCGCGGACGACUUCAAGAAGAAGGCCCAGAACCUCCUGCAGGACUUCGACUUGAAUGGCCCUUUCACCAGCACCAUCUCAGCUGAUGCUGCCCUGGAGCAGAUCUCCGCAAUGAGACAGUUGCUGGCCAGCAUGAAGGAGGAGGAGAACGGCCUGCGCUCCAACCUGGGCAUCUUCAAGAUCGACCAGCCUGCCUCCAAAGACCUUCAGAAGCUGGAGAGGGAGCUGGACUACAUCCAGCAAAUCUGGGAGAUCACCAAGGAAUGGGAGGUUCACUGGGACGAGUGGAAGAACGGGAGCUUUAAGACCCUGAAGACCGAAGUGAUGGAGAACACCGCCUUUGCGCUUUUCCGGAAGCUGAAUAAGUUGAGCAAAGAGCUUAAGGACCGGAACUGGGAAAUAAUUGAGACCUCCAAGGCAAAGAUUGAACAGUUUAAGAGGACAAUGCCCUUGAUCACUGACCUCAGGAACCCAGCGUUGCGAGAGAGACACUGGGACAAGGUGAAGGAUCUGGUCCUUCGGACAUUCGAUCAAGAUGCGGAGGACUUCAGGCUGGAAAAUAUCAUUGAGUUGGGCUUGGACAAACACGUGGAGAAGGUUGCUGAGAUUUCUUCCUCAGCCACCAAGGAACUGGCAAUUGAGCAGGCUCUAGAAAGCAUCGCAAGGACCUGGGCCACCACUGCGUUGGACAUUGUGCCUUACAAAGACAAAGGGCACCACCGGAUCAGAGGAACUGAGGAUGUUUUCCAGGCUCUGGAUGACAACCAGGUGGCCUUGUCCACCAUGAAGGCUUCACGUUUUGUGAAGCCAUUUGAGAAGGAGGUGGACCGCUGGGAACGCUGCCUCUCGCUCAUCCUGGAGGUGAUCGAAAUGUUACUGACCGUGCAGCGGCAGUGGAUGUACCUGGAGAACAUCUUCUUGGGAGAAGAUAUCCGCAAGCAGCUGCCUGGCGAAUCGUCCUCCUUUGACCGCAUCAACACCAGCUGGAAGACCAUCAUGGACCGUUUUGUCAAGGACAAUAAUGCUCUGCGUGCUACUCAUUACCCAGGACUGCUGGACAAGCUGGUAGAAAUGAAUGCUGCCCUAGAAGAUAUCCAGAAGUCCCUUGACAUGUACUUGGAGACCAAGCGCCAUAUCUUUCCCCGCUUCUACUUCCUCUCCAAUGAUGAUCUCUUGGAGAUCUUGGGCCAGUCCCGUAACCCAGAAGCUGUCCAGCCCCACCUCAAGAAGUGCUUUGACAACAUUAAGUGCCUCAAAAUUCAGAAGAUUGGCACGACCAACCGGUCCGAAGCCCUUGGCAUGUACUCUCUGGAUGGUGAAUACAUAGACUUCACACAUUCUGUGAUACUGGAGGGACCCGUGGAGGAGUGGCUGUGUGACGUGGAGCGGGCCAUGCGCUGGACGUUGAGAGAGGUGCUGCGGAACUGCCGACUGGCCUUGAAGAAGAUGUUGACCAAGCGGGACAAAUGGGUGAAGGAAUGGCCCGGACAGAUGGUGAUCACCGCCAGCCAGAUUCAGUGGACGGCCGAUGUGAGCAAGUGCUUGGCCACCUGUAAGGAGCGUGGGGACAAGAAGUACCUCAAGGUUAUGAAGAAGAAGCAGGUGUCCAUGCUGAACAAAUACUCAGAGGCCAUCCGUGGCAACCUGACGAAAAUCAUGCGCCUGAAGAUCGUGGCGCUGGUGACGGUGGAAGUCCACGCCCGGGACGUCAUUGAGAGGCUGUACAAGAGUGGCUUGCUGGACGUGACGUCCUUUGAGUGGUUGAGCCAGCUUCGCCUCUACUGGGAGAAGGACCUGGACGACUGCGUCAUCCGGCAGACCAACACCCAGUUCGCUUACGGCUACGAGUACCUGGGAAACUCUGGGCGGCUGGUCAUCACGCCCCUGACUGACAGGUGCUACAUGACGCUGACCACGGCCCUCCACCUCCACCGAGGAGGGUCCCCGAAAGGCCCUGCCGGAACCGGCAAGACGGAGACCGUGAAGGACCUGGGCAAGGCGCUGGGCAUGUACGUGAUCGUGGUGAACUGCUCGGAGGGCCUGGAUUACAAGUCCAUGGGGCGCAUGUACUCUGGCCUGGCCCAGACGGGGGCCUGGGGGUGCUUCGACGAGUUCAACCGCAUCAACAUCGAGGUGCUCUCGGUGGUGGCCCAGCAGAUCCUCUCCAUCCUCUCCGCCUUGGCCGCCAACAUGACGCGCUUCACCUUCGAGGGCCACGAGAUCAACCUGGUGUGGUCCUGCGGCAUCUUCAUCACCAUGAACCCAGGGUACGCAGGGCGCACGGAGCUGCCAGACAACCUGAAGUCCAUGUUCCGCCCCAUCUCCAUGGUUGUGCCGGACUCCACCCUCAUCGCCGAAAUCAUCCUCUUCGGGGAAGGCUUCAACAACUGCAAGGUCCUGGCCAAGAAGGUCUACACGCUGUACUCGCUGGCCGUGCAGCAGCUCUCCAAGCAGGACCACUACGACUUCGGCCUGCGGGCCCUCACCUCUCUGCUGCGCUACGCCGGGAAGAAGCGCCGGGUGCGCCCCGACCUCUCCGACGAGGAGGUGCUCCUCAUGGCCAUGAAGGACAUGAACAUCGCCAAGCUGACGUCCGGCGACGUCCCACUCUUCAACGCCAUCAUCCAGGACCUCUUCCCGGGCAUCGAGUGCCCCGUCAUCGACUACGGGAAGCUCAAGGAAAUGCUGGAGGGGGAGCUGAGGGAAAUGGGGCUGCAGGUCAUCCCCUUCACCAUGAUGAAGGUGAUCCAGCUUUACGAGACCAAGAACUCACGCCACUCCUCCAUGAUUGUGGGCAACACCGGAAGCGGCAAGACCGUCACCUGGCGGGCCCUGCAGGCCACUCUCUGCAGCCUGCACAAAAGCGGGGACACGUCCUUCAACCUGGUCCGGGAGUACCCCCUGAACCCGAAGGCGGUGUCCCUGGGCGAGCUGUACGGCGAGUACGACCUCAACACCAACGAGUGGACCGACGGCAUCCUGUCCAGCGUCAUGCGAAUGGCCUGCGCAGAUGAGAAGCCGGAUGAAAAGUGGAUCCUCUUUGACGGGCCAGUGGACACGCUGUGGAUUGAGAGCAUGAACUCGGUCAUGGACGACAACAAAGUCCUGACCCUGAUCAACGGGGAGAGGAUCGCCAUGCCCGAGCAGGUCUCGCUGUUGUUUGAAGUGGAGAACCUCGCUGUUGCCUCGCCUGCCACCGUCUCCCGAUGCGGGAUGGUUUACACGGACUACAGCGACCUGGGUUGGAAGCCAUACGUCCUGUCCUGGACCGAGAAGCGCCCCAAGGCUGACACUGAAACACUGCAGCGCAUGUUUGACAAAUUCACCAACAAGAUCCUGACCUUCAAGAAGGAGAACUGUCAGGAGCUGGUUCCCAUCCCUGAAUACAGCGGCAUUGUGGCUCUCUGCAAGCUCUUCACGUCCUUGGCCUCUUCCGAGGAAGGGCUGAAUCCCGUGGAUACCGAGAACUACACCACGCUGGUGGAAAUGUAUUUCAUCUUCAGCAUGAUCUGGUCCCUGUGUGCAGCCGUGGACGAGGAAGGCCGGAAGAAAAUCGACAACUUCCUUCGGGAAAUGGAGGGGUCCUUUCCUAACAAGGACACCGUCUACGAGUAUUACGUUGACCCCAAGCGGAAGCAAUGGGCUGCCUUUGAAGACAACCUUCCUAAGAUGUGGAGGUACCCCCCCAGCGUCCCCUUCUAUAAGAUCAUUGUCCCAACGGUGGAUACCAUGCGCUACAAUUACCUGGUGAACGCCCUGAUUUCCAACCAGAACCCGGUGCUGUUGGUAGGCAUGGUGGGGACAGGCAAGACCUCCAUUGCCCAGGGGGUCCUGCAGUCCCUGGACAGCAUCAAGUGGGCCGUCUUGGUGAUCAACAUGUCUGCACAGACCACCUCCAACAACGUCCAGAGCAUCAUUGAGAGCCGGGUGGAGAAGCGCACCAAGGGCGUCUACGUGCCAAUGGGCGGGAAGAGCAUGAUCACCUUCAUGGAUGACCUUAACAUGCCUGCCAAGGAUAUGUUUGGUUCCCAGCCCCCACUGGAGCUGCUCCGCCUCUGGCUGGACUAUGGCUUCUGGUACGAUCGGGCCAAGCAGACCAUCAAGCACAUCAAGGACAUGUUCCUGAUGGCAGCCAUGGGCCCCCCCGGAGGGGGUCGUACCGUGAUCUCCAGCCGCCUGCAGAGCCGUUUCAACCUCAUCAACAUGACCUUCCCCACAGAUUCACAAAUCCGGCGCAUCUUUGGAACCAUGAUAAACCAGAAGUUGCAGAAUUUUGAGGAGGGGGUGAAGCCCAUUGGGAACGUCAUCACAGAGGCAACCGUGGAGCUUUACAACAGCGUCAUCCAGAGGUUCUUGCCCACCCCGGCCAAGAUCCACUACCUCUUCAACCUCCGGGACAUUUCCAAGGUCUUCCAGGGCAUGCUGAGGGCGCACAAGGAUUUCCACGACACCAAGGCCAGCCUGACUCGCCUGUGGAUCCACGAAUGCUUCAGGGUCUUCUCCGACCGCCUGGUGGACAGCACAGACAUGGAGACCUUUGUGGCCCUCUUGAGUGAGAAGCUGGGCACCUUCUUUGAUGUGACCUUUCACCACCUUUGCCCCAACAAGCGCUCGCCCAUCUUUGGGGACUUCAUGCGCAAUGUGUACGAAGACCUGAUGGACAUGGCCGUCCUGAAGGCAGAGGUGGAGCGGGCGCUGGGGGACUACAACCGGAUGCCAGGGGUAGUGCCGAUGAGGCUGGUGCUUUUCCGAGACGCGAUUGAGCACAUAACCCGCAUCGUCCGGGUGGUCAGCCAACCCCGAGGGAACAUGCUGCUGGUGGGCAUCGGAGGAAGCGGGCGCCAGAGCCUGGCCCGCUUGGCGUCCUCCAUCUGUGAAUACUACACUUUCCAGAUUGAGGUUUCCAGGCAGUACCGCAAACAAGAGUUCCGGGAAGACGUCAAGAAGCUGUACCGCCAGACGGGGGUGGACCAGAAGCCCACCACUUUCCUCUUUGUGGACACUCAGAUAGCCGACGAGUGCUUCCUGGAGGACAUCAACAACGUCCUCAGCUCCGGGGAAGUGCCCAACCUCUACAAGUCGGAUGAGUUUGAGGAGAUCCAAACCUUCAUCAUCGAUGCGGCCCGGGCGGAGGGCAUCCAGGAGAGCCAGGACAGCCUCUUUGCCUACCUGAUCGAAAGGGUCCGGAACAACCUGCACGUCGUGCUGUGCCUGAGCCCCGUGGGGGACCCAUUCAGGAACCGGAUCCGCCAGUACCCCGCUUUGGUGAACUGCACCACCAUUGACUGGUUCUCGGAGUGGCCCAAGGAGGCGUUGCUGGAGGUGGCGGAGAAGUACCUGGAGGGCGUGGACCUGGGCAUGGUGGAAAAGGGGAGCCUGGACACGAUGCACAAGCGAGUCGCGAAAAUCUUCGUCACCAUGCACUGGUCGGUGGCCAGGUAUUCCCAGAAGAUGCUGCUGGAGCUGCGGCGCCACAACUACGUCACGCCCACCAACUACCUGGAGCUGGUGUCCGGCUACAAGAAGCUGCUGGCCGAGAAGCGGAAGGAGCUCUCCGACCAGGCCAACAAGCUCCGCAACGGCCUCUUCAAGAUCGAUGAGACCCGGGAGAAGGUGGAGGUGAUGACCCUGGAGCUGGAGGACGCCCGGAAGAAGGUGGCCGAGUUCCAGAAGCAGUGCGAGGAGUACCUGGUCAUCAUCGUCCAGCAGAAGCGGGAGGCCGACGAGCAGCAGAAGACGGUGUCCGCGAACAGCGAGAAGAUUGCUGCCGAGGAGAUCAAGUGCAAGGCGUUGGCGGACAACGCCCAGAAGGACUUGGAGGAGGCGCUGCCGGCCUUGGAGGAGGCCAUGAAGGCCUUGGAGUCGCUCAACAAGAAGGACUUGACGGAGAUCAAGUCCUACGGCCGGCCGCCCACCCUGGUGGAGACCGUCAUGCAGGCUGUCAUGAUCCUGCGUGGCAACGAGCCCACCUGGGCGGAGGCCAAGAAGCAGCUAGGGGAGCCCAACUUCAUCAAGCAGCUGGUGUACUUUGACAAGGACAACAUCUCAGACAAGGUGCUCAAGAAGAUCAGCGCUUACUGCUCCCAGCCAGACUUCCAGCCAGACAUCAUCGGGCGGGUCUCAGUGGCCGCCAAGUCCCUGUGCAUGUGGGUGCGAGCCAUGGAGAUGUACGGGCGCAUUUACCGUGUCGUGGAGCCCAAGCGUGCUCGCAUGAACGCUGCCUUGGCCCAGCUGGCAGAGAAGCAGGCUGCCCAGGCCGAAGCCCAGGAGCGGCUCCGGGAGGUCGCAGAGAAGCUGGAGAUGCUGAAAAAGGAGUACGAGGAUAAGCUGGCUCAGAAGGAGGAACUGCGCAGGAAGUCAGAGGAGAUGGAGAUCAAACUGGACCGGGCUGACAAGCUGGUCUCGGGCCUGGCUGGAGAGAAAAUCCGGUGGGAGGAAACGGUCAAGGGCCUUGAGGAAGACCUGGGCUACCUGGUGGGCGACUGCCUGCUUGCAUCGGCCUUCGUGUCCUACAUGGGGCCCUUCCUGUCCAAUUACCGGGAUGAGAUGGUCUCCCACAUCUGGAUGAAGCAGAUUCGGGAACUCCACGUGCCCUGCUCUCCGCUCUUCACAUGCGACAGCUUCCUUUCUAAUCCAACCAUCGUGCGCAACUGGAACAUCCAGGGCCUGCCGUCCGAUGACUUCUCGACGGAAAACGGGAUUAUCGUUACGCGAGGCAACCGGUGGCCUCUGAUGAUCGACCCUCAGUGCCAGGCCACCAAGUGGAUCAAGAACAUGGAAGUCAAGAAGGGCUUGAAGAUUAUUGACCUACAGAUGCCCGACUACCUGCGCAUCCUGGAGACAGCCAUCCAGUUUGGCUCUCCGGUGCUGCUGCAAAAUGUGCAGGAGGAGCUGGACCCCACCCUGGCCCCCAUCCUGAAUAAGUCGGUCACCAAAGUGGGUGGGCGCUUGCUGAUCAGGCUGGGGGACAAGGAGGUGGAGUAUCACCCGGAGUUCCGCUUCUACCUCACCACGAAGCUGUCCAAUCCACACUACACGCCAGAGACCUCCUCGCAAACCACCAUUGUCAACUUCGCCGUCAAGGAGCAGGGCCUGGAGGCCCAGCUGCUGGGCAUCGUGGUCCGGCGGGAGAGGCCUGAGCUGGAGGAACAGAAGGACUCGCUGGUGCUCAACAUUGCAGCCGGCAAGAGGAAGCUGAAGGAGCUGGAGGACGAGAUCCUCAGGUUGCUGAACGAAGCCACCGGCUCCCUCCUGGACGACGUGCAGCUGGUGAACACCCUGCAGACCUCCAAGUUCACAGCCACCGAGGUCACCGAGCAGCUGGAAACAAGCGAGAUGACCGAGAUCAAGAUCGACACGGCUCGGGAGGCCUAUCGGCCAUGCGCGCAGAGGGCCUCCAUCCUCUUCUUCGUCCUCAACGACAUGGGGCGGAUCGACCCCAUGUACCAGUUCUCCCUGGACGCCUACAUCGACCUCUUCAACCUCAGCAUCAACAAGAGCCAUCGGAGCAACAAGCUGGACGAAAGGAUCCGCUACCUCAACGAAUACCACACCUACGCCGUCUACAGGUACACCUGCCGGGGCCUCUUUGAGCGGCACAAGCUGCUCUUCAGCUUCCAGAUGUGCGCCAAGAUCCUGGAGGUGUCCGGCACCCUCAAGAUGGAUGAAUACAACUUCUUCCUGCGCGGGGGAGUGGUGCUGGACCGGGAAGGGCAGAUGGACAACCCGUGUACCAGCUGGCUGUCCGACAUCUACUGGGACAACAUCACCGAGCUGGACAAGCUGACCAACUUCCAUGGCAUCAUGAACUCCUUUGAGCAAUACCCCAGGGACUGGAACCUUUGGUACACCAGCUCCAAGCCGGAGAAGGCCAUGCUGCCAGGCGAGUGGGAAAACUCCUGCAACCAGAUGCAGCGCAUGCUCGUCGUCCGCUCGCUGCGGCCGGACCGGGUGGCCUUCUGUGUCACGGGCUUCAUCGUCUCCAACCUGGGCUCCCAGUUCAUCGAGCCCCCGGUGCUCAACAUGAAGUCGGUGGUGGACGACUCCACCACGAAGACCCCCCUGAUCUUCGUGCUGUCUCCAGGCGUUGACCCCACCUCCUCCCUGCUCCAGCUGGCCGAGCAGUCCGGCAUGGCUCAGCGUUUCCAUGCCCUCUCCCUGGGCCAGGGCCAGGCACCCAUCGCCACACGGAUGAUUAAAGACGGGGUCCACCAGGGCAACUGGGUCUUCCUGGCCAACUGCCACCUGUCUCUUUCCUGGAUGCCUCAGCUGGACAAGCUGGUGGAGCAGCUGCAGGUCGAAGAGCCGCAUCCCUCCUUCCGCCUGUGGCUCAGCUCCAGCCCCCACCCGGAGUUCCCCAUCUCCAUCCUGCAGGCCGGCAUCAAGAUGACGACGGAGCCCCCCACGGGCCUGAAGGCCAACAUGAAGCGCCUGUACCACCUCAUCACGGACCCCCAGUUCAGCCGCUGCACCAAGCCCAGCAAGUACAAGAAGCUGCUCUUCGCCCUCUGCUUCUUCCACAGCAUCCUGCUGGAGCGCAAGAAGUUCCUGCAGCUGGGCUGGAACAUCGUCUACGGCUUCAACGACUCCGAUUUUGAGGUCUCGGAGAACCUCCUCAGCCUGUACCUGGACGAGUACGAGGACACCCCCUGGGACGCCCUCAAGUACCUGAUCGCCGGGGUCAAUUACGGCGGCCACGUGACGGACGACUGGGACCGGCGCCUCCUCACCACGUACAUCAACGACUACUUCUGUGACCAGAGCGUGUCGGCCCCCUUCUACAAGCUGACUGCGUUAGACACCUACUACAUCCCCAAGGAUGGCAACCUGGCCUCUUACAAGGAGUACAUCAGCCUGCUGCCGGGCAUGGAUCCCCCCGAGGCCUUCGGCCAGCAUCCCAACGCGGACGUGGCAUCACAGAUCACGGAGGCCAGGACUCUCUUCGAAACCCUGCUCUCCCUCCAGCCCCAAACCACGCCCACCGGGGUGGCUGGGCAGAGCCGGGAGGAGAAGGUGCUGGAGCUCUCAGCCGACGUGCGCAGCAAGAUUCCAGAGGAGAUCGACUACGAGGGUACCUGCAAGGUGCUGUCCACUGAUCCCUCCCCUCUCAAUGUGGUCUUGUUGCAAGAGAUCCAGCGCUACAACUCCUUGCUGCAGAUCAUCAGCUCAUCCCUGGUGGAGCUGGAGAAAGGCAUUCAGGGCCUGGUGGUCAUGUCGACGGACCUGGAGGAGAUCUUCAACUGCAUCUUCGAUGCCCGUGUGCCCCCCAUGUGGGAAAGGGCCUACCCCUCCCAGAAGCCCCUGGCCGCCUGGACCCGGGACCUGGGCCAGCGCGUGGAGCAGUUUGCCCGCUGGGCGAAGACGGCCCACCCGCCCGUGCUCUUCUGGCUCUCGGGGUUCACCUUCCCGACCGGCUUCCUGACGGCAGUGUUGCAGGCGGCGGCACGCCAGAACAACAUCUCCGUGGACACCCUCUCCUGGGAGUUCAUAGUCUCCACGGUGGAUGACAACAACCUGGUGUACCCCCCCAAGGAAGGCGUGUGGGUGCGUGGCCUCUUCCUGGAGGGUGCCGGCUGGGACAAGAAGAACUCCUGCCUGGUGGAAGCCGAGCCCAUGCAGCUGGUCUGCCCCAUCCCCACCAUCCACUUCAAGCCCGUGGAGAACAAGAAGAAGAGCGGGAAAGGGAUCUACUCCUGCCCCUGCUACUACUACCCCAACCGGGCCGGCAGCGCAGGGCGACCCUCCUUCGUCAUUGGUGUCGACCUGCGCUCUGGAGCCCCGCCCCCCGACCACUGGAUCAAGCGCGGCACCGCCCUGCUGAUGAGCCUGGACACCUGAGGAG